UCCUGGGGAUAUGAGAAAUGCAAGUCUUUAUCUUUAUAAGCAGGUUUAUGGUUUCAUUAUUGCACCAAAAACGCUGUUUUUCUGCAAUACUCGAGCACAUACUGAUUAUAUAGUAAUUUAUAUUGAACAUUUGAAUUAAAACUACCAGCUGCACCUACCCCUUCCAACUCAAACCAGGGCAUUUAAAUCAAAGUCAACCUCUAAAUCAUUUGCAAAAACAAAAAUGAAGGAGUGCAGUUCUUAUUAGCAUCCUGCGUGGUCAGACAGGUAAGACUCGAACAUUUGAAGAUGGGUUUAAAAGAUCGCCUGCUGCAAGGGGGAAACGAUCAGUCUGCAAUUUCGGUACAGAUAGCCACUCCAGUUAGUCUCUCUGCUCCCUCCCCCCGACACACAGUACAGUGAGCCGUCGGCAAAGAGCUGCUCUCUGUUCCGGCUCUACAGUCAAGCGGGCUGUUUAUGAUAAUUUUAUGAUCAUCGGCGGAACCCAACCUGGGAACGAGCUUUGCAAAGCCCUCGCUGAUGAGUACGAGCAGUCUGUCAUUCAUCUGAAGCGACAGAUACUCAAAUAGUGGACCUGCGAGCGAAUCCUGUGUAUAUAUAUAUAUAUAUAUAUAUAUAUAUCUAUAUAUCUAUAUAUCCACAUACAUGCACACACACACACACGCAGAGCAGUGAGACUGCGAGGAGCUGCCCGCUCUCUCCUCUCUCUCCUCCCCUGGACCCGCUUCGUGCUUAUUCCUCUCCUGUCUCCCUUUCUUUAUUCCCGGAGGCUCUGCCCGAUGGAUUUGAAAGGAGAGCCCGAGGAUGCGGAGAGGACGCAGCCUUCCAGCGUCCAGGCUUUCGCGACCAGCUCCACUCUGCACGGUAUCAGUCACAUCUUCACCUACGAGCGCUUUUCCUUCAGGCGGAUCGUCUGGACCCUGGCUUUCCUCGGCUCCCUCUCCUUCCUCGUCCACGUCUUCGUCCAGAGAAUCAAGUAUUACUUCGAGUACCCGCACGUUACCAAACUGGACGAGAUCAGCGCCUACAACUUGACCUUCCCCGCCAUCACCAUCUGCAAUCUCAACGAGUUUCGCUUUAGCAAGAUCACCAAGAACGAUCUGUACCACGCAGGGGAACUCCUGGCGCUGCUGAACAACAAGUUCGAGAUUCCCGACCCCUACGUGGCGGAGAAACACGUCCUGGAUGUCCUGAUCGAGAAGGCCAACUUCGGGAACUUCAAGCCAAAGCCUUUCAACAUGAGGGAGUUCUAUGACCGAGCGGGCCAUGAGAUGAAGGACAUGCUCCUGGACUGCAAAUACAGAGGGAAAGAGUGCACCCACCAGCACUUCCAAGUAGUGUUCACAAGGUAUGGCAAGUGCUACACUUUUAACUCGGGACAGACUAAAGACCAGCCAAUCUUGACCACCUUGAAGGGAGGAACAGGGAACGGUCUGGAACUGAUGUUGGACAUUCAGCAAGAUGAGUACCUUCCCGUCUGGGGAGAAACAGAUGAAACCUCCUUCGAAGCUGGUAUAAAGGUUCAGAUCCAUGGUCAGAAUGAACCUCCAUUUAUCGACCAACUGGGUUUUGGAGUGCCACCUGGAUUUCAAACGUUUGUGUCCUGUCAAGAACAGCGGCUCAUCUACUUGCCUCCUCCCUGGGGUGACUGCAAAUCUACCCCAAUGGACUCGGACUUCUUUGACACUUACAGCAUCACUGCUUGUAGAAUUGACUGUGAAACUCGGUAUUUGGUUGAAAACUGUAACUGUCGGAUGGUGCACAUGCCAGGCGAUGCUCCAUAUUGUACUCCGGAACAGUACAGAGAGUGUGCAGACCCAGCCCUAGGGUUCUUGGUGGAGAAGGACAGUCUAUUUUGUACAUGUGAGACGCCAUGCAACAUGACUCGAUAUGGUAAGGAGCUGUCCAUGGUAAAAAUCCCCAGCAAGGCUUCGGCCAAAUACCUGGCCAAAAAGUACAACAAAUCGGAAGAUUACAUAGGGGAGAACAUUCUUGUGCUGGAUAUAUUCUUUGAAGCCCUAAACUACGAAACCAUUGAACAGAAGAAAGCUUAUGAAGUGGCUGGCUUGCUGGGUGACAUUGGAGGUCAAAUGGGAUUAUUCAUUGGUGCAAGUCUUCUGACAAUCCUGGAACUCUUUGACUACGUGUAUGAGGUGUUGAAACACAAACUCUGUGGUUUACUGAAAUAUGGGAAACAGCAGAAGAGGAACAACAACAACAAAGGUGUCACACUCAGCCUGGAUGACAUCAAACGCCAUAACCCAUGUGAGAACCUAAGGAACCACCCAGCAGGAAUGACGUACCCAGCGAACAUUCUACCUCACCACCCGCCCCGCAGCACCUUUGAAGACUUCACCUGCUGAUGGCGGAGCCUCACAAUUGGUGACACCCACAACACCCACUUAUCUCACAGUUCAACGAGCAGAAAGGAGACUGGACUGUCCACGGAGAUUAGGGCCGUCCAAUCCUGACCUACCAAAGUCAUUGAACAAACCUUCUGGAGACACAUUCAAAAGCAAAACAACAACCCGACGAUGCGCUUGAAACAAAAUGGCAGUAUUGGGGAUGACUGUUCCGUGGACUCCGCUCACUAACUUUUCAAAAGAAGAAAAAGAACAACUUUUUUCUCUCAUCUAGAGUCAUAUUCCAGUUUUGUAAAAGGAAUUUUUUAUUCACUCUUUAUCGUAAAUGCUUAUGUAGGCCGCUUGUAUUAUCUUGUGUGAUCAUGUUCUUAAGCUUAAAAAAAGCAUUUAGAUCUCA